AUGAGCGAUCUCUCGGGCCGAAAGGUCUUCAAGGUCUUCAACCAAGACUUUAUUGUCGACGAGCGAUACACAGUCACGAAAGAGCUAGGUCAAGGUGCCUAUGGUAUUGUUUGCGCGGCGACGAACAACCAAACCAAUGAAGGUGUCGCCAUCAAGAAGAUCACCAAUGUCUUCAGCAAGAAGAUUCUGGCCAAGCGUGCCUUGCGAGAGAUCAAGCUUCUGCAGCACUUCCGGGGGCAUCGUAACAUCACUUGCCUGUAUGAUAUGGAUAUCCCACGGCCUGACAAUUUCAAUGAGGCAUAUCUAUAUGAAGAACUCAUGGAGUGUGAUCUCGCAGCAAUCAUCCGCUCUGGACAACCACUCACAGACGCUCACUUCCAGUCAUUCAUCUACCAGAUCCUGUGCGGCCUCAAAUACAUCCACAGCGCAAACGUUCUGCACCGUGAUCUCAAGCCAGGCAACUUACUCGUCAAUGCUGACUGCGAGUUGAAGAUUGCUGACUUCGGUCUCGCUCGUGGAUUCAGCGUAGACCCGGAUGAGAAUGCUGGAUAUAUGACGGAGUACGUGGCUACACGAUGGUAUCGAGCACCGGAGAUCAUGCUUAGCUUCCAAAGCUACACAAAAGCUAUUGAUGUCUGGUCUGUCGGCUGCAUUCUCGCCGAGCUGCUCGGUAGCAAACCGUUCUUCAAAGGUCGUGACUACGUCGACCAGUUGAAUCAAAUUCUGCACUUCCUGGGUACGCCGUCUGAAGCCACGCUUGCACGCAUCGGUUCGCCUCGUGCACAAGAGUAUGUGCGUAAUUUGCCAUACAUGCCCAAGAUCUCGUUUGCGCAGCUGUUUCCGCGCGCCAACCCAGAUGCCUUGGACCUUCUUGAUCGCCUCCUUGCCUUCGACCCGAGUCAGCGCAUCGGUGUUGAGGAGUCGCUCGAACAUCGCUACUUGUCGAUCUGGCACGACGCUUCGGACGAGCCCACAUGCCCUACGCCGUUUGACUUCGGUUUUGAGGCAGCUGAAGAGAUUCCAGAGAUGCGUCAAAUGAUCCUCGCAGAGGUCGCACAAUUCCGCCAAUCCGUUCGUGCGCCACAGUCAGCUCCGCUGGGACAAGGCCAGGGUGCUCCAGCGCCCGGCGGUCAAGUACCUAUUCCCGACCAGUUCCCACAGGGUCGAUACGAGGACCCUCGGCCACAGGAGACAACUUCAUUCGCGAAUGGUCAAGACUUAGAGAGAGAGCUGCAAGGAGGAUUGGACGCCAUGCGAUGA